UUCAACAUGGCGUCCCUCGCGAGGUUUCGUGCGAACUUGCGUUUGGAGAAAGAGCAUUUUCUGGCACGGUGGAGUUCUUUGAAGAGACUAAGAUUGUUGCAGAGAUGUAAACAUACAGAAUGUGCAGUUGAGGUUGAAGUUGGAGGGCAAAAAAUGUCAUUCGCAACGGGUAAAAUGGCUAGGUUGGCAGACGGAGCCGUGGUUGCUGAGCACGGAGGGAAUUCUACUCUAGUUGCUGUUGUUGGGGAUAAGAAAUCAAAACCAACUGGUGACAAAAGCUUGCAUCUAAAAGUUGAUUAUAAAGAAAAAGCAGCUGCAGGAGGCCAGAUUCCUAAAACAUUCUUCAGGAAAGAUGUUAUUUUAUCCGAAAGAGAAACAAUUGUCAGUAGACGGAUUGACAGAUCACUCAGGUCAUUAUUCCCCAAUGGUUACCAUGAUUCUACUCAGAUAACAGGAAUUUUAUGGGCAGCAACUGGGCUUCAUGAUCCUGAUAUUGCUGCUAUGAAUGGAGCUUCUGCAGCUGUUUCAGUGUCUGAUAUCCCUUGGAGUGGUCCAAUUGGUGCAGUUAGAGUUGGAGAGGUUGAUGGAAAGUUUGUUAUUAAUCCCACAUGGUCAGAACUUAGUAUCAGCAAGUUGAAUCUUGUUGUUGCUUGCAGUAAAACAAAAGUUGUGAUGAUAGAGGCAUUUGCUCAAGAAGUGAGCUCUGAGAGAUUUUGUGAAGCUGUAAGAUUUGGCUUUAAGAAGUGUCAAACCAUUAUUGAAGCUCUACUUGAGUUGCAAAGACAAGCGGGAAAGAAGAAGGACAUGUCACGAGUUGGGCGUGACACACCUCCUGAAGAGAUAAAGGGUGCUAUUGUGAGGUUUAAUUUAAACAAAGAAUUCGACAAAAUAUUUUCAAACUUUGCCUACUCAAAGAUGGAACGCGACAAGGAAAUGUUUAAAGUUAGGGAUGACCAUCUCUUACACUUUCAAGAGAGAUUUCCAAAUGUUGCCGCUCAUGAGAUAGAAAAUGCAAUAUUUGAAGAAACCAAAUCAGUGUUUAGGAACAACGUUCUUUAUUCGUCCCAAAGAUGUGAUGGACGUGCGUUUGAUGCUCUUCGACCCAUAAGAUGUGAAGUUGAUUUGUUCAAGAGUCUUCAUGGAUCUGCUUUAUUUCAAAGAGGGGAAACCCAGGUGUUUUGUACAGCAACACUUGGAUCCCUUCGUUCUGCAAAACAACCUGACGCCGCCGUAGUAGGGGUCGGCGACGUCAAAGAAAGACCAUUCAUGCUUCACUAUGAGUUUCCACCAUUUUGUGUGAAUGGAAUAGGGUUGAUCGGCGGUUCGAGUCGACGAGAAAUUGGUCAUGGUAAUUUAGCAGAAAUGGCUUUAGAACCAGUUGUUCCCAAGGAUUUUCCAUUCACCAUCCGACUUACAUCUCAAGUGUUAGAAUCCAAUGGUUCAUCAUCUUUAGCAUCUGUUUGUGCUGGAAGUUUGGCAAUGAUGGAUGCUGGGAUUCCAAUCACUCGUCCUGUUGCAGGAGUUGCCUGUGGUUUGAUAACAAGCAGUGAUGCAGAGGACCCGGAUAAACCAGACAUAGAAAAUUAUUGUCUUCUGACAGAUAUCUUGGGCAUCGAAGACUUUAUGGGUGAUAUGGACUUUAAACUUGCCGGAAGCAGAGAAGGAAUAACAGCUCUACAGGCUGAUUUCAAGGUACCAGGCCUUCCGCUACACAUUGUAGAAGAGGCAGUCAAAAAGGCAACUGCUGAUCGGAUGAAAGUUUUGGAUUUAAUAGAAGAAUGCCAAAGCGGUCCGAGAAAAAUACCCAAAGACAAUCUGCCAGUUCAAGGAAAUGUAGUUCUUUCUCGAUUACAAGUUAGAAAGCUGUUUUCUGCUGGCGGACUGACAAUAAAAAACCUACAGGAAGAGACAGGUUCAAUCAUUACACGAGUUGAAGAUGAUGAGUUUCACGUGUUUGCUUAUGACGCGAAAGCUUUCCAGGAAGUAUUAAACAAGAUGAAAGAAAUUACUGCCGGUGCCGACACGGAAAAGCACUGGACAGAAUCUCUUGAAGUUGGAGCUACAUACAAAGCAACUAUUACUGAGUUUAGGGAGUACGGGAUUAUGGUAGAACUUUUACCGGACACCCCCAGUGUACUUUUACACACUUCAGAAAUAUCUCACCAUAAAAGUCAUCAAACAACGAAUGAAUUUACACUAGGACAAAUCGUUGAUGUAAUGUAUCUUGGAAAAGACCCUUUCUCUGGAAAAGUUCGUCUGUCAAGAAAAGCACUUUUGCCGAAGCCGCAUAAUACCAUGGACCACGAAGAUUUUGUCGAAAAGUUCCUGAGCCCUUCAAAAAAUAAGAGAACUUGAUUUGCUUACCAACGCUCUAGUUUAAGAGCUUAAAUGAAGAUUUUCUUGGUACUGUCAAUAAAAAUUGUUUUGGAACAGCA